GAUUCAUCAAGAAUAACUCUCCGUCCAUACAAAUCAACGGACGUUGAUGAUGUACUCUCAUGGGCAUCCGAUGAUCGCAUAACCCGAUCCACCCAUUUCAGCACGUUGACUUCCAAAGAAGAUGCGUUGAACUUCAUCGACAAAUCUUCUAUCCCUUGGCGUCGAUCCAUAUGCAUCGACGAUCGAUCGAUCGGGAUGGUGGUGGCCCGACCUGGAUCGGGUGAUGACAGAUGUCGAGCUGAGAUAGGAUAUGUUUUAGGAGUUGAGUAUUGGGGACAGGGAAUUACACCGGUGGCGGUGAAGAUGGCAAUUCCUUUAAUUUUGGAAGAGUUUCCUGAAAUAGUAAGGCUUCAAGCAUUAUCUAAUGCUGAGCAUAAAGCAUCACAUAGAGUGUUGGAGAAGGCUGGGUUUAUAAAAGAUGGUAUGUUUAGAAAGUAUUUAUACUUUAAAGGCGAUGAUCGCGUAACUCAAACCAUCCGAUGGAAUACUUUGACCUCCAAAGAAGAGGCAUUGACCUUCAUCAAGGAUGUAUGUAUACCCCACCCUUGGCGUCGAUCUAUAUGCAUCAAUGACCGUUCCAUUGGAUUUGUAUCUGUAUUCCCCGGAUCAGGUGAUGAUAGAAGUCGAGCUGAUGUCGGAUAUGCUGUUGCUUUUGAAUAUUGGGGGCAGGGGAUUGGUACUGAAGCACUCAAAAUGACAAUCCCUCAAGUGUACAGUGAGUUUCCUCAAGUAAAAAGGCUUCAGGCAUUAGUUGAUGUUGAGAACAAGGCAUCCCAAAGGGUAUUGGAGAAGGUUGGAUUCAUCAAGGAGGGGAAAUUGAGAAAAUAUGGAUAUCACAAGGGGAAAUUAGUGGAUCUAUUCAUGUACAGUCUCUUAUCCACUGAAUCGAUUUACUGAUACCACUUCUUAAGGUCCAUGAAGUCGCAAAUUUUUUUUUAAUACAUGUAAUUGAAAAUUAGCCAUCUUUCAAGGAUAUUUUCACUUGUAGAAUUUGAAACUCCGAAACAAUGGCAAUUUUGAGAUUACAUAGCUGAAAAGUGACUAGGCCUGUUGCAUAUACCUUUACCUCACGGUCUUGUUUACUAUAAAAUAGUAACAAGUAAAACACAUUCACGCCAUCACAGAAUCAACAACUGUAUGUCUUUCCUGAGAAUCAAAAUGCUACUUAUUUU